GUUUUAAAAGUGGCAGUAAAAUAAUGUGUUAUUUUUAUUGGUUACCAAUUAUUAUUGGUAAUGUCGUUGAAGCUUUUUACGUUCCAAGUUAUGGCCAUGGCCCCUUUUCGCUCAAGAUAUCGGGCGUGUUGUCCAUAUAAUCACAUGGAGCACACGUUUUCAAGAUGCGCAACUUGAUUUCAAAGUUAUGAAAAAGCACAAACCUGACUGGAAGAACACAUUGGAGGUCCCAAAAGAGAAUCAAUCGAAGAGGAAUAGCAUGUCUGUUACUGUCCUGCAGAUAAACACUGAUUCUCCGCUGCUGUUCAUGGACGCGCCUGAGGCUAACCUGACCACAGGUCACCAGAACCAACAGGGCAAGGAAAGGAAGGAAGAGAAGAAACACAAAAAGAAGAAACAUAAGAGGCAUAUGAUUGAUGGUGCAGAUGUGAUGCUGGAGACUGCUGAAGUGACUGUGCAAGAACUGAGUGUGGAUCAGGAUCAGGGCAAGGAAAGGAAGGAAGAGAAGAAACACAAAAAGAAGAAACAUAAAAGGCAUAUGAUGGAUGGUGCAGAUGUGAUGCUGGAGACUGCCGAAAUGACUGAGCAGGAACUGAGUGUGGAUCAGGAACAGGGAAUGGAAAGGAAAAAGAAGAAAAAGAAAAAAGAACACAAGCAUCAGGCUGAAGACUGUGGUGUUUCUACAGAAGUGAAAGGGAAGGAGAAGAAAAACAAGCAAAUAGAACAUGGGAAGGAGGUAAAUGGGUUGGAAACUUUUGAGCUGGAGGAACACAUUCUAAAGGAGAGGAAGAAGACCAAAAGCAGCUGUGACCAAUCAGAGGUGAGGGCUCAGUGUGAAACUGUGGCUGGUGCCGGUGAUGGUGCGGAAGUAUACACGGUAGAAGGGCAUGUCUCUGAGCCGACCCCACAGAAGGUCCUCCAGGAGAGGAAGAAAAAAAAGAAGAAGAAAGAAAAGAGCAGUGACAAAUCUGAGUUGAGCAUCCAGUGUAAAACUGAGGAUGGUACAGAAGCCUACCAGCAGGAAGAGGAGAUCCCUCAAAAAAAGAAAAAAAAGAAGGGAAAUCGCAGCUGUGAUCAAACUGAAUUGAGUAUUCAUGGAGAAACUGAGGAUGGUAGAGAAUCCUCCCAGCAGGAAGUGGAAAUCCCACAAAAAAAGAAAAAGAAGAAGGGAAAUCACAGCUGUGAUCAAACUGAAUUCAGUAUCCAUGGAGAAACUGAAGAUGGUACAGAAUCCUCCCAGCAGGAAGUGGAGAUCCCACAAAAAAAGAAGAGGAAGAAGGGAAAUCGCAGCAGUGAUCAAACUGAAUUGAGUAUCCAUGGAGAAACUGGGGAUGGUACAGAAUCCUCCCAGCAGGAAGUGGAGGUCCCAGAGCAGACCCCAAAGGAGAUCCUCCAGGAAACGAAGAAGAGGAAAAAAAAGAGAGAAAGCAGCUGUGGCCAAACUGAGUCAAAUGUCCAGGGUGAAAUUGAGGAUGAUUCAGGAACCUCCAAGCAGAGAGAAGACAUACCAGAGCAGAUCCCAUUGGGGAUACUGCGAGAGAAGAAGAAGAGAAACGGCAACAGUGAGAAAACUGGGCUGAGCAUCCAGAGUGAAAUUAAGAACGGUAAUAAAUCCUCCCAAAAUGAUGAGGAACUCCCGCUGGUGAAGAAUAGGAAGAGGAGUAUGAUAAACUGCAAACGUGACCAAACUGAAUCAAGCUUCCGCACUGGUGUGAAGGACGGUGCAAAAGCCUCCAGGCAAGGAAGGAUCUCAAAGAAGAUCCCACUGGUGAGGACGAGGGUUAAGAACAAGAGUGGGGAAACAAGCAGUGAUCAAAAAGAAUGGAAUGCUGGAAUGAAGAAUGAUGAAACCCAGACAGAGAUUUUUGAGGACAAGCCGGCUGUAAACACCCUGGACAUUGAACAGAGUGGGGAUGACUGGGAGCUCAAGAGGAUGGAGUACAUAGAUGAACUGAAAGAAUUCAUUCCAAAUGUUGAGAAGAAAUCUGCGCAUACAUUGGUCCACCUCAUGAAGUAUGACUUGCUACGAUUCAGGGAGUUUAAAAAAGCAGGUGUUAGCCUGAGACAUGGAAGAUACAGUAAUGAGGAAGUGACGAGGCUGAUGAAGAACGUUGAGGACUUCCUGGCCUUGACAGGGAUUGACAGCGGCACUAAGCUUUUCUUCCCCUCGCGUUUCCCAGAGGAAAUGUCCCACAUAGUCAAGAUGAAAAGGGAGUACAAGUUCCAUUUACGAAUGUCUGAUGGGAUCUGUAGGCCCUGGCAUGACAUAUACAGCAAAGGCAGGAAGCUGUUUGACUUCAACAAGAUGGGAAGGUUCACAGAUGACGAAGUUAAUUCACUGCAGAAGCUGUACACGUUGCAUGGCAACAACUGGAUGAAGAUUGCCGAGAUAACUGGCCGCAGCAGCCACGCCUUGGAGAAGCGCUACUCGCAGCUGUCCGUGAACAAAGGCCGUUGGACUGAAGAGGAGAUGCAGAGCCUGGAGGGCGCCCUCAGGGACCACCUGUUCGCGCUGGCCGAACCCGGAGCCGACGGCCCCACCAUCAGGAGGGACCAGCUCUACCGCAACCUGCCCUGGACCAAAGUGGCCAAAAGAGUGGGCACCCGCAGCUGGGACAAGUGCAGGGCAAAGUGGAUGACUAUUCUGAAAAAGAGGAUGGCCGAGGCAACAGAGCAGAGCCCUGGCUGUGAUUCAUCUGCGAGCACAAUCAGGCUCAUUAGAACGUUGUAUGAGCUGGAAAUUGAAGAUGCAGCAGACAUCAACUGGGAGGACCUCACCAAAGUUUUUGGGGAUGUUACGCCCCACUAUGUGCAAACAAAGUUCCACAGACUGAAGACCAAAUGGGUUCCCCGGUGGCAAGCUUAUUCGUUUGGUGAAAUCAUUGACUUCCUUUAUGAGAAAGCCUUGCCACAGCUGGAGGAGAAGCUGCAGCUCCAUACAGACGAACCUGAGAGAGAGAUGGAAGACGUGAGCAAUCAACAGGAGAGCUUCCUCCUCUCCAAGAUCUUCAGUGACAUUUAACAAUUGGAGAGACAUGAAGACGUGUACGCCUGAAGUGCAUCAAAAAGUGUAUAUAGAGAUAUUUCUGUACUUUUCUGUGCUGAAUCUUGGAUGGAUUAGGUUUAGCCAUAAAAUGGGAAUUUGUAUGUGUUUUCAUUUGUAGAAAAGAUUUUGGUUUACAGAUUUUAAUUCCAUAUUUUUGCCAUUUUUAAAACCUGAAAUUUUUAUACUUUUCCCCAAAUGAGUGUAAAGCUUGAUAUGAUGUGUUCACAUAACCAUUUGGAUAAACCGCUAUAUGCAUAGACGGUGGGAUUCUGUCCGUUUUCACUGUGCGGUAAGAUGGAAUUCUUACUACUUUCAAACCAGUAGGACUCAGAUGUAGGUUGUUAUGAGGAGUGUGUCUUCAGUGUAAUUACCACAGACCUUUUGGGGAAUAGUGGUAUGUUUCUGUCUAGUUUAUACAUAGGUUGAAGAUUUAAUUUAUUUUUUGUACGCGUGAUAUAAUCCAUCUUUUUAUUUUGGCAUCAAAGUGAAAGCUAUUACAGUUGAAUGAAAAUUAAAAGCUGCCUUAUAUUUCCUCCUGUUA